UGUUCUUCACUUCAGCUCUCGUGCCACACGGGGUCGCUAGUGCCUGCCAAGUGGUGCAGUCAUGUAGCCAACUGGAAACGUCCGAUAACAACUUUUAAAGUCUCUUUUGUGGAAGCAGAGGGCAUGGAUUUUCGUUGUUUCUUGGGGAACAGUUUUUACUAAAAGCGUGGCUUUGGGAGAAAGAAGACGAAGAAAAAAAGAAAGAAAAACACGCUCUGACAGUCCUAUCUGAGGAUGAACACCUCUGUGAGUUAAAAAGCCUUUGGCUUUAAGGUGAAUUUAAGUGGCAAAUAGAAUUAGAUUUAAAAGCAGUGAUAUUCUCAACAUCAUCGUGGGAUGUGACGAUAAAGCGGAAGACACCUCCCGGUGUGCGCCACUGGCAGUCUAUUGUCGCCGCUUUCUUCCCUCUCUCGACGCGCAUUGGACGUACUGACAAUGCGUAAGCUUCUGACUCUGCAGCCUGAAGUGUGUCUGCAAAAACAUCGAAAGAUAAACGUUUGAACCGGGAGUUUUGCUGAAUAUAUCAACCACCUGGUGCCAAAGUCUAACAAAGAAGUGUUUGACAAACACCCGUUCUCGCGCGCCCUGCUGUGACGGCUGCUGGAGUUGCGCACAGGACUUAACGAAACGUCAAAGCUGCAAUGGUGUGGAUGGAUGCUGCCCUGUGGUGUGACUUUGAACUUUUCCAACUGAUCACAUUUCAGCAUGUGUAAUACCGGACGGAAAGUGGUUCCAUUUGUCUCGAAGUGUCGGACUUUACGCACUUCACCACAACCAACUUCAGGAAUCUGGUGAUCCGAAAAACAGACAAACUAACCAACUAAGAAGAAAGGAUUGAAUAUAUUUUCCUUUUCGCAUUUGUUAUUAUUUUUUUCUCUUCGUUUUUGGAGGAUUAAAGUGAUUAGGUUCUCGUUGAGAAUCACGAAGGAGCAUCACAGCUGGCGUUUCACUGUGGUUUGUGAGAUUCAAAGAGACGUGUUAGCGGCCACUCUUUAACAAUGCUGGAAAGCAUGAUGCAGAGCUGUAGGCAAGUUCCUAUUCUUCUAUUCUUUAGAUUUCUUGACAACGCCAAGUCAAUAAGAAACUCGUGAAAACGAACUACGAUUUAAAAAUUCCUGGCUGAGAUAUUUCCUCACCAAGGAAAGAUGCAUUGUCAUUUUUGUUAACGAUGUUGAAUGUGGAAUUUUCUUUCUUUAACUAAGACAAUUCGACUUCCACAUUUUUUCUCCAAUUUUUCUUUUUGUGGAAUUCUUGUUUUUCUGAUGACUCAAAGAAACAUGUUGCAUUUACUGGUGCUUCAGUUGGUGGCGUUACUUUUGGGAGCCACAGACUGUCGAGUCCUGGAGGGUUUGCAGAGAUAUUCCUCUAUUCCUACAUACUUGCCUGUCAACUAUCAGCUACUAAAUGCUGACUUGGCAUUUUUCCUGAAAGAAGCCAACCAGGACUUCAUGAGGAACUCUAGCCUGGUGUCACGGACUGAGUCUUUCUUCAUCUACCAGGCCAGAAGUUUGCCCUUGGUGAAUGCUAGUUAUGGCCCUCUCUCUUUGGAACAGCCUGUCCCUCUAGAACUCUUACAGAGCCCCGGGACCUUUCCUGCCUCUUCACUUUUUACCUUCAACUGGAAGGUGCAGACCUUCAUCAUGAAUACCCACAUUCAUUUGGCCAAGCCCAAAGUCCAGGUGCUGUUUUAUGUUGCAGGCAGGGACUGGGAUGACUACAGUGCCAUUGACAAGCUGCCCUGUGUGCACAUGUUUGCUUUCUAUGAAACCCAGGAGGUACGUGGCACUUGCCAGCUGAAAGGAGGGCUUGGGCUGUGUGUGGCUGAGUUGGAACCACUGGCCAGCUGGUUCAGCCCACCCAGUGUGGUGCCAGGACGCCAGAGGAACACAGAAGUGCCCGAGGGCACCCCAGUGGAGCUCUAUUACAUGCUGCAGUCCACAGACGCAGGAGAAUGCCACUCAGAGGAGUCUAGAAAAGACAGCUUCAUCCGCUCAAGUCAAGAGGGACUAUUUGGUUCCUACACUUCCACGCCGCUCAGGAGAAUAGGUGGUGUAAGGCUCUACCAGAGCCCCACCGAGCCCCCUCUCGCUGAACACAGGCUGGAUAAUAACUUUAUGGUCAUGGUGCCAGCUACACCCAUGAGGCAGAGGGAAACCGUGUCUACUUUUAUCACCGUGUCAGCCUACUCCACUGUGGAGAUGUUCACUCUCAGAGUGAAGUUGAAGGAAGGAGUGACAUUUCUCGGGGCUCGUCCCAGCAACCCCACUCAGUGGAUAGUAAGCCAGGAUGUGAGGAGUGAAGGCCAUCGAGUGGUGACUCUCCACUGCCACAGAAAGGAAUACACCUAUGAGCAGCAAAGAUCUGAGAUGCGAGUUCAGAGGGUUCUCCAAGUGGAUCUGAAAAUGGAAAGCUUCCCAGAGCCGACGGGCAGUCGCUGGUUGGCCUGGCAGGUUGAGUAUCCGGGCAGUCGUGCCGCCACGCAAGAGGCUGAGACAGAGAUCCGCCUGGCACAGGAGGAACUGGCAGGCAUUGUGCCUCUUGCCAUGGAUACAGAGAUUUUGAAUACCGCCGUCCUCACUGGAAAAACGGUAGCUGUCCCAGUUAAGGUGGUGACCAUCGGAACAGACGGCUCUGUCACUGAUGUCUCUGAAGCAGUGAAAUGUCGUUCGACAGACGAGGACGUGGUCAAGGUGUCUGACAGGUGUGACUACGUUUUUGUGAAUGGCAAAGAGAUGAAGGGGAAGGUGAAGAUGAUGGUGAAUUUCACUUACGGAUACCUUAAUGCUCAGCUGGAGCUCAGCGUGUGGAUCCCGCGUCUCCCUCUCCAGAUUGAGGUUUCAGACACGGAGCUGAGCCAGAUCAAAGGUUGGAGGGUACCCAUCACAGCAAUGGGUCAGAGGUCAACACGAGACAGUGAGGAUGAAGAUGAUGAAGACAAACGAGGGCGGAGCUGCAGUCUGCAGUACCAGCAUGCCAUGAUCAAAGUCCUGACUCAUUUUGUAGCUGAGUCAGCUGAUCUGCGAGGACAGACCAGCUUCAUGCUGGGCACUGACUGGCAGGUGGACAUCACAGAGCUUGUGUGGGAAUUUCUGAAGGUAGAGGACCCCCAGAUUGCACAGCUGCUAGACAGGAGGAUUCUAGUUGGACGGGACGUGGGGAUGACCACUAUCCAGGUUUUAUCUCCAUUAUCAGACUCCAUCCUGGCAGAAAAGACAGUCACAGUGGUGGAUGACAAAGUGAGCAUCACAGAACUAGGGGUUCAGUUAGUGACGGGCCUCGCCAUGAACCUGCAGUUAAGUCCAGGAAGCAACAGGGCCAUCCUAGCUACCACCACCACACAGGAAGUUCUGCAAAACCCCAAACAGGAGGCUUUGAUCAGUGCAUGGCUCCAGUUCAGUGAUGGCUCUUUGGCUCCUCUAGAUCUGUACAAUCCAGAUUUCUUUGUCCUGACAGCCACCUCUCUGGAUGAGGAGGUGGUAACAGUGCAGCAGGACCCCUUGUGGAAAUGGCCCAUCAUUGUUACAGAGGCAGAGGGGCAAGGCCUGCUGGUCAGGGUGGAAAUGACUGUUUGUGAGGUUUGCCAAAAGUUCAAGCGCCGCAGCAUUCUAGCAGCGGGGAACUGUAAUGUCCGUGUGAAGUUUGGUCACAGUGACUCAAGGGGAGGGAACAGCGACUACAGCCCAGACGGAGAUGACAUGGAGAACAGAGGCAGGCUUUCUUCCUCCCAGGACAGGACCGGCCUUGAUACCCACUACUAUGGCAGCUCUAUCGCUGACAUAGAAGAUGGGGUGUUGAGGAGAGCGACCACCACUAGAAGCGCAAUCAUCCGCAGACCUAAUGGGGGUAAGCUCUCAGAUGAUGGUAGCCAGAACAUGCCAAUUGACUUUGCAGACUUUCCUGCACAAGUAGAUCUGCCCCGUGGCCGGAAUAUUGAUGAUGAUCUUAUUCAGACUACUCGUGGGCUCACUGACUUAGAAAUCGGCAUGUACGCCCUGCUGGGGGUCUUCUGCCUCGCUAUACUGGUCUUUCUUAUUAACUGCAUUUCCUACACACUCAAAUACCGCCACAAGGAGCUCUCCAUUGAAGGCCAGGAGAACAUGAAUCACGCCCAUGACUGGGUGUGGCUGGGGAAUGAGGCAGAGCUGCUGGAGAGCCAAGUCAGCCUUUCACCUCAGCUGGAGGAGCAGACCUCCAUGAUGGACUCGAGCAGUGGCCUCGAGGAGGGCAGCCACUUGCUGAACGGAGGCUCUGUCCAAAAGAAUGUGCAUAGCCAGGUGCAUCGGUCACCAGACACAGGGUGCAUUGUAAAGGACAGCAAAGGAGAUUCCCCCACCACCAAGAGGAAGAGAGUCAAGUUCACCACGUUCACCACUAUUCCCUCAGACAAUAGCUACCCCACUGUUAACACACUGACUGGAAGCCACAGCCAGGACAUUAAGUGGGUGUGCCAAGACGUGCAGAUGGGGGACUCCAAGGAGUUGCGCAAUUACAUGGAAAGGUUAAAUGAAAGUGCUUUAAAAGAUGUAGCAUAGUGUACUGUACACACUCUUUACGAGCUCACCCUUUUGCCUUUCAGAGGAUUGUGGAUCUCAUCACACCUGUGUUUGGUAAAAAAAAAUAAAGGGGGAAUUUAACACAGUCACCCUAAACUACCAAAGGGUUAAUAAGUUUAGGCUGGCUUUUCAUGACUCCAUAAAAGACUGAAUCACUAGUGAACAAUACAAGGAUGUCAUGUGACUCUUUUUUUCCAUUUGUUAAUCAGAUGAUUACCUUUUUAUCAUCAUUUUAUUAUUACACCAUUCAAAGUGAGUAAUGACUCAAGUAAUGACUCCAGGACUGAAGUAACAUUCAGACAGCAGAUUUAAAAAGAAACAGCAACAUCACUAGAUAGUUGUUCGGAAAUGUGUGCUCAUUAAAUGGCUUUGGAAUUUUUCUAUCACUUUGGAUAGUAAUUUCUUAUAUUAGAUCUUUAUUCUGUGAAAGGGUUUCAGGAGGGGUUAAAACAAAGAGGAACUUUUGCAUGUUGUUGGGGAAAAAAAGGCACAAGUUUCUGGUUCAUUUUCAUUGUCCCUUAGCAAGGCAGAAAGCCUGUUAUGUAUAUACUGAUCAGACUCAACAGCUUCAUAUUGUUGCUCUGUAUAUUGUAUUUUCAUAACAUUUAAGGAAUACAGAUCAAUGUCAAGAGUCUGCAUCAGCUUUUUAUUGACUACAGCACCAUUAGACCCAUAUGUCUUUAGCUUUGUUGAAAAAAGAUUUCUUAGGAGGGGGAAGCCACUCACCUCAGUACUGAAGAUUAUUUUAUGGGACACAGUUCAGCCACAAACCACAACACAUUCUCUUUCAAAGCUGUCCAAUGGGAGAACGUUUUAAUUCUCUCAUCUCAUCUGUUAGAGCUCAAUCUGCUGACAUGUCAGCAGUGUGCGAAGAAGCUUUUAAACUAAAUGGCUAGAUAAUGUGACAGUUUAAUAUUUCCCACAACCUCCCACAUAACUUUGAAGUUUUUGAAUUUGUGAAAAAAAAAAAAAAAAGCCAGUUAAUGCCUUGUUGAUCUCUGUGCCACAGCAAGAAGCUAAAU